AUGAUUAACUCAACGCGUGUCAAACCUCCACCACCUCAAUCUUUCGCCAUUCCAACCCCUCUUCACUCGCAUACGGAAGUCUCUUACGACCACAGAAGCUAUCAUUUUUACUACUAUACUGCAUCUAGCGAUACCGUAACAUCUGCGAUGAAUACCCCACCUCCUGAUUUGACGGCUGGGCCGCCAGUUACACCCUCCCGCCACUUCUCCAAAGCCGGUGCACCUCUCACACCAGAACAAAUCCGAAAGCUAGAAACUGAACGUCUAAAAGCAAAGGCUUUGCGCCAGCAAAAAGAUCAAGAUGCCAGCAUAGCAUCAGCUCCUCUACCCCGCGGUACAAAACGUACCUUCGACAGCGUCACUACAUUUGCAAUCAGUCCUAGCAAACCAGAGCACGCCAAAAAUGUUCGUAAUGCAAAGGAUGUCCGUCCGAUAGAUUCAAUUCAACCCGCCAAGAAAUUUCAAAAAUUCGUCGAAUAUGACCUCUCCAAGAUGGCAGAUACUAAAGGCGGCUUCAUAUCUGUGUCUGAUGAUCCACAGUCGCUUCUCGCAGCCGCGGAAGCGGCGGGGAAGCCGUCAAAUAUGACACUGGAAGAUUGGGAUAAACAGCAACUUAAAAAGAACUUACAGAAGGAAAAGAGGGGAGUGUUUGAACCAGCUAUCACACAAAGCGGCAAGAAAUGCUUUGAGUGUGAAAGUUUGGAGUUGGAUUGGAAUUUUCUAGAGGUAUUUGGAUUCAGGGUUUGUGGAAAGUGUAAGGAAAAGUUUCCAGACAAGUAUAGUCUUUUAACCAAGACGGAGUGUAGGGAAGAUUAUCUGCUGACGGAUCCGGAACUACGGGACGAAGAGCUCCUACCUCAUAUGGAUAAACCAAACCCUCAUAAAGCGAAUUGGGCGACCAUGAAUCUGUACCUGCGAUACCAAGUUGAGGAGUUUGCGUGGAAAAAAUGGGGUUCGCCAGAAGCACUGGAUGCGGAAUAUGAACGAAGAACCGAAGAACAAAAACGACGGAAGGAAACAAAGUUUCAGAAGCGAUUGUUGGAUUUGAAAAAAAGGACGAGGGUUGAGACAUGGAAGAGGAAUGGGAGGUUUGAAAGUUCAAGUAAGGGGAAGCAUGUGCACGAAUGGGGAGAACUAAUGGGGGGCAACGAUGGGAUGGGGGUGAAGAAGUGUUUGGAAUGCGGGAUGGAAGUCGAGGAGAUGAUCAUAUGA